AUGGAAACUAGUCUAGAGGGAAUGAAAAACAAAUUGUCCUUGAGCUAUAAUGAUCUUCCACCAAACCUCAAGACUGUCUUGUUGCACUUGAGUAAUUUCCCUGAGGAUUAUGUGAUUGACAGAGAAAGGUUGGUGAGGCAAUGGAUUGCGGAAGGCUUUAUUUCUGAAGAGCGUGGGAGGAGCUAUCAAGAGGUUGCAGAAAGUUAUUUUUACGAGCUUAUCAAUAAAAGCCUGGUCCAGCCAGUGGAUAUUCGCUAUGAUGGGAAGGUGCGGGCCUGUCGAGUUCGUGACAUGAUGCUUGAACUUAUCAUUUCAAAAUCCAUUGAAGAAAAUUUCAUCACUGUGGUGAACGGCAGUCAAACUGUUUGGGGAAAUCCUCAGUGUUCUAUUCGACGUUUAUCGAUCCAGGACAUUGACCAGGAGCUUGCAUAUGAAUUGGCAAAGAGAGAUCUAAGCCAUGUCCGAUCUCUUAUAAUAACAGCAUCAGGAUGCAUCAAACACUUGCCCAGCCUUACCAAGUUUGAAACUUUACGUGUACUAGAUUUUGAAGGUUGCCGGGGCGUGGCGCAGUAUGAUAUGGAUGGUAUGGAAAAGCUGUUCCAGCUAAAGUACGUAAGCUUUAAGGAAACAGACAUACGGGAGUUGCCAUCUGUAGUUGUGAUGCUACGUGAUCUAGAGACGCAGAUUUAA